AUAUUAAUUAAAUGGGAGGGUGCUGAGAGAGAACGCUAACAGGUGAAGAUAUCAAAAUGGACAAUCAUAAGUACAAGAAUAGAAUCAAUAGAGCAGACCCUUGCAGGAAUACAUACCGCAUGUCAGGGAGAACUAGCGACGCAAAAACUAUUUCUAACGAUAUGGAGAAGACUAAAAGCUGGAAGACAUAUUGAGUAGAUUCAAAUUUAUUCCAAUACGAUCCAGAACUGUAUUAUGGGUUUCCAGAAGAGAAAACUGAGUAUAAAUCAAGGAAAGCGCUUAACAUAAAGGACAAGUAUUCUGACAAAGCAAAAUCUAAAAUGUUCUUAUCAAAAAGAAAAUAAUUUUAAAACAGUUACG